UUGAACAGCAGUCGGGAGCAGAGGCUUCUUCAGAACGCAACGCUUUUUCAUGAUUGCGAAAUAAACUUAUAUAGCGUGGUUGGUGCACAAUAAGGCUUAACGCGCCCUAUUUUCACGCAUUGAAGUUCAACAACUUACACCUCAGUGCAAUUUAUCCGAAUUUAAAAACAACCAUGAACUUGGUUCCAACGACGAUGGACGGAAAAAAAUGCCCCGAGAUUUCCAAUACCCCAACACCCAAAUCGCUUAACAACAGCGAUGACGUUAUUGAACACAUCAAAAGUUGGAUUCAGUUAGACGACAAAUCGAAAAUGCACGAAGAUGCCGUUAAACACAUCGAGUCGUUUGUGGAUCGACAAAUUUCUUGUUUGGAGUCGACUGUAAUCGAGAGACAAUACGUUAAAGUCGUAUUAGAAAUGUGGCUGAGAAAGAGUUUACGAAAGGCUGUUGAUUACCUAAAUGAUGAAAAAAUCGAUAUCGGCGUCGAAAUGCCCACUUUAUUGAAAGAAUUAAAUUCCAUCAAUUCAUUUGAAGAUAUUGGCCUCAAAUUAAAUGAAGCGACGUGUCAACUGACAAAUCUGUGUGACGCAGGAUGUCAAUAUUUAGAACUGAUACUCGAUCAGGUGGAUCUUUUCAAAAACACUCCCCGUUUCUCGGUUCUUGUUGCCAGUUAUUUCAAGCAAUUUAAAGCGUCUUGCAUUGACAAAGUCUUUUCCAGGUGUCUGAAUGACGUUGGUAAAGAUCAAACUAAUGGCAAGAGAAAUCGGGAACUUAUUGUCGCACUUAAUGCGCUCUUACAAGUCGCCAGUGAAGACGUAGGAAUUCAAAAUGUUUUGGAGAAAAAUUUUACGGGAAAGGACGUCAAAGAUUUUGAUGACGCAAACGGGAAAGACUUGAUCAACCAACUGGUGGAAAUUUUUGCAAGCUGCAGAGAUUUUACUAAAAACGAAUCCUCAGAAUGGUUAAAUCAACUAAAAUCAGAAAAAGAAUGGGCACCGAAGUUGCAAGUUUUGGUCAAAGAGACGUGCAAGCCAUUCCUGUUUCCCAAGACGACGAUUGAAAUCACAGACGAAUAUGGAAGAAAAAUCAUUUUCAUCAAAGGCGUCUCUGUGUUUGUCAGCAAAAUGAUUGAAGAAAUGAAACGACUCAAAGAAAAUAAUCCGGAAGUGCAAGAAAUCCAGAUUGUCGGACUGUCAUCCGUUCACAUCGACUGCCACCUAGAGAACAAAACCUGGCACGGAACAAACGUGGGAAUCGUUGCUGAUAAGAUCUUUGUUGACUACGAAGUGUGCCGGAAGGGCCAUAAAAGUAUCGCUCAAGCAAAAGAAGAGACUACCGAGCCGAAGGCGGCUUAUAAUUUUGUGGACGAUUUCUUCGUCUGCUGGGAUAUCUCGGGCGAAAACGGAGAACCUGGUCGACCGGGUACUAGCGGUGGAAAAGUACACAUCAUUUGUAACGAAAUGUUCGGCGCUGAACAAUGGAAGAUUAUCUCUGAUGGAGGUGACGGAGGAGACGGAAAAAACGGCACUAAUGGUGAAGCUAAUGGUGACGGAAAGCCAGACAGAAAGGCCAGUAAGUGGUCCAAAGAAUAUUUCAAUCAAGCGUUUCCUUCUAUGUCGAUCUUCGAAACGGGAGAACAGACAGAAGACAAAAUUCUAGAUGAUGCAAUUCAAACCGUUUUGACGACGCUAAACGACUUGUUGCCAGUUGAAAAUCGAAAAUCUGGCAAAGAUAUCCAAUCAGACUACCGAGGUAAUUUUUUCAUCGACGGCACUGCGAAAGAUGGCAGUAAAAUCACCGUAUCCUACUAUCAGUCCAAGACAAAAAAACACACGCUUGUUCUCUGCAAAGGAAGUUCCAUCGGACAAGGUGGAUCUGGAGGCACCAUGAUCUUUGAAUGCAUGACUGGAAAAAACUCGUUCGCAUUCGAAUCCAGCGUUCCAGUCGUUGGUAAGGAAAAUCGUCAACCAAGGGCUGUGCGUAUGGGUGUCUAUCAAGCAAUGGGUUCUAAUGGUGCCAUGGGAACACCUGUAGGAGACGUUGGUUUCAUCCACAGGCUGGACACAUCUGAGGCAUCUGCAAACAAAAAUCAGACGGGUCAUUACAUCGGCUUCGAAAAUGAUGUCAAGCUUCGGAUGGAACACGACACUACGAAACCUACAAGGCAGCCAAACGAUCCUGAUAAUUAUUACGCCAAACUAAGGAAAGGAGAAUAUGCGUCGAUCGCUUACCAUGGCCUAUCUGCGUACGGCCAAGUCCAGCCACUGCAUUCAGUGGUAGUUAAUGCCACGAAAAAGAAGGGCAUCAUUCGCCAAAGUCUUGCCCACCACUUUUUUCAAGUAGACGAGCGGAAGCAGAUGACACAAAGCCUUCAGGAAAAGUUAUACAAUGACUGGGAGGAACAAAAAUUGACAGAAGAUGUCGACUUUUUAGUCGGCCAAAUGGAAGACAAAGAAACUCAGCUUUAUCAGGUAUCGUCACAGUGCAGUCGGGGCCUUGAGAACAUUGGAUCAAUGAGAUUUGUCAAACCGGCAUUAAAAAAGAAAUUGAGCGUGAACAAAGUUUCAGACACCUCUCGUUCAUUGGUCGGCCGACGAUCAGUUGGACGUCGUCCAGUUGAUUUCCGGCAAAAACCAGCUGGUGACGUUCGAUGCCUCGAUAUGCUGCCAACGAUGAGCGGCGUCGAUAGCGCUAUUCACAGCAUUUUCGGCCAAAUGAAUUCAAGCGGAUUGUAUGUUUGCAAUGACGUGAAAGUGUUUCGUCAACAUCUUGCAACAUUCAUUCGGCAGAAUAAAACAUCCCCUAAAGAACCAUCAAAACGAAUCGAAUUGAUAAAAUUCACCCGCAAAAAGAAAAAGCAUGACAAAGUUUUGGCUUUCGUCAAGCAGUUUGUACUCCGCGUGCAAGAAAGCAAUGCAUUGGAUUAUCCCGUAGCCUUUGACAUGAAAAAUGCUUAUUUCGAGUUUCGACGGACGAACAGCGAGGAAAAAGAAUUCCUCUGGCCAAACGCGUCAGAAUGUCAAAAAUUAUUUGAAGAAUACGCCAAGUUCGUUGAGACACCGUCGAACUCAUUGGAAUCGUCUGAGGUGGAAAUGCUAGCAAUCAUCCAUGACAAGACCAUCCAUGUUUAUAAUGAUCAAUUAUCAUCAUUUAAGUACAAUGAAACCUUGAAUUCUAGCAGUUACAACAAGCAAUGUAUUCUUCAUCGCGGACACGGAGAAUGGCAACGAGUCGAGCCCAAUAUAAUGGUGAAAAAUUUCUGCGGGCAAAUUGAUGAGGACCUUUUUGAAUAUCAGCCCAUUCAAACUCAUUACUUCCACAAAUUCUUAAACCUCCUUAAAAAACAUGGAGCUAAGCAACAGGUCAUUGAUUCUUUGAAGACGCUCGACCCUGAAAACGGUGACACACCAGAUAAAUUGUUCCAAUUGCUUUUGAAAACCUUCCAGGAAAAUGAAGAAAGUGGCGAAAAUUUAAAUGUGAAAUUGCUAGAUGAAUAUUCAAUCGAUCUCUGCUGGUUGGCUGAAUGGAUAGCCGAGCACAAUAAUCGCAAUCUCAGUCCCAUCUUCUACUUGAAUAUUAUCAACAAUGUCUCACCCGUCGACUGGAGAUGCGAUUUUGUUAUGCUUGAAAUUUACGACCGAUUUUCUCAUGCGGUUUCUGAUAUUAUUGCAAAUAGCGAUAUACAAUACUGGUUGUAUCAAAUAGCCGAUAGAAUGCCAUCUCUGGUGCCUCCAUUACGAAAAUCGGUUGCCACAUCCGACAACUGUGCUGCGUUACAGCCGCAGAAAUUGUUGCGGCUCAUGGAAUUUAUAGCAACGGAUUUCGAACAAGACGACGGGAUCACAAGUCAGCAAUUACCGGAGUUAGAGCUACUGCCUCUCAGCGAUUGGUAUCACUUUUUAAAAAGCAAAAUGUGGGAAAAAAAAGUCAAUCGGCUGCCCAUCGGUGAUUCGAGUUCUCCAAAAGAGAAUAAAAAACUCAAGAAUGAGGUCGUUUACAUGUUACUGGAACUCGAAUUCAAAAACAACAAAGACUUUUGUGACGAGUUAUUAAAAAAGACUGUGGACUUGAAAACGGCCGUUCUUCUUUUGCAAAACAAUCUGUAUCCGGGAGUGACUCCUAGCCAAGAACAUAACGAAAGAAACAUUGACGAUAUUAUAAACAAGAUGAAAAAAGACGCGCCAACGGAUGACAAGUUAAUCAUAACAAAGGUAUAUCCCCGGAAAUUGACUGAUGUGCAAACAAAAGUGAAGGAAUCUAAAUCAAUGUCAGAUCAAAUGAAAGAAUCUGACGAACACGAAUCCAAGCAGCAGGAAAGAAUAAAGAAAUUGAUCAAGCAAUGGCAGACAAAUGGUUUAGAACUCAACGAUAAUAAGUCAAUGGUCGAUUUUGUCUUUGUCUACGACUACGCCGUACAAAAAACAUGUACAAAGGAUGGAGACAAACAAAUAUUUCGACUACGGGACACCCAGAGAAUUACGAUCAUGACAUUGCUGACAUCUGAAUACAAAAACACGUUAACACAAGUAUCAACCGGUGAAGGUAAAUCGCUUAUCGUCACUGGUGUCGCAAUCGCAUUCGCCCUUUGUCGAAACGAAGAUAAAAAGAAUAAGAAAAUCGAUGUUAUUACAAGUAAUGACGUGCUGGCUCGCCGUGAUUCUACGCUGUCGGUGGCCGAUGGUGGACUGCGAAAUCUUUACGAAUAUUUCAAUGUCAGUGUGGCAAACAAUUGCAGCCAAUGGGUGGACGAACGAACACAAGCCUACAAUGCAGCAGUCGUUUAUGGACAAUUGGCCAAUUUCCAGCGAGAUUAUUUGCUGGAUAAAUUCUACGGUCAUAGCAUCCGAGGUGACCGCACCAUGGACCUUGUCGUUAUUGAUGAAGUCGACUGCAUGUUGCUCGAUCGCGGUAACAACACGCUGUACCUAUCGCACGACAUCCCUGGUAUGGAGAUGCUCGAGUCUCUUUACGUUUUUAUUUGGGAAAAAAUACGCAGUUCUUCCAUCGGAUCGGAUAAAUUCAACAUGAAGGAAUCCGUUAAAUCAGCUGUUCUGUACGACCUCUACGGUGCUAUAUCUAAAGAUGAUUUAGAAUCGAUUCACAGCCCAUUGAAGGACCAACCAUCGGAAAAGAAUGCGCUUUGGGACCACUUAAUUGAAACAAAAGUAAUCGACCCACAAGGACGACUGUUGAUGGAAGACAAGAUUGAAACCAUCAAUUUCAAACCACAAUUGGAUCCCAAGAUUAUCUUUUAUCUCCGUAACGUGUCGAAACGCAAGCGGAAUAUUCGAAUACCUGAGCAUUUGAUGUCCUUUGUCGAUCGUCAUCUGGACAAUUGGCUGGACAAUGCCAUGCAGGCCCUGGAACUCAAACGAGACGAGGACUAUGUCGUCGAUCAAGACCGAACAGACACCAGCCCAGAUCUCCAUCCUCAAGUAAUUAUAAUUGAUCAGGACACAGGGAUGGACCAGAUCUCGUCGCAGUGGGAUGGAGCACUGCAUCAAUUUAUUCAGCUAAAGGAGGGAUGCAAAUUGACGUCACAAAAUCUAAAAUCCAUUUUCAUUUCUAAUGCGACUUACAUCCAGGCUUAUAAAAAAGCAGCUGGCGUUUCAGGUACGCUGGGAUCUGAAACAGAACGACAAUUUAUGCAUACCAAAUACAAAAGUCUUCAGUUUGUCAUCCCAACAGCUUUCCAAAAAUGUUUCUACUUGAAACCAACGCAAGUCUUUAAAUCAAAGGACCACUGGCUCCAUGCCAUCGUCAAAGAAACACAACAGAUUAUUCAACCUGAAGAUCAAGCUAAAGCUCGUUCUCUCGUCAUCUUCUGUCAAUCAAUCAAAGAUGUGAACGUUAUUCGCCGAUACCUUAAAAAUGCAAUAGGAUCAAAACUCAAUGAUAACCACAUCCAUUGCUACACACGUGAUUAUGAAAAAUUUGCUUUCGAAGGUAAAUCACUUGAAAUUGGUCACGUGAUCGUCGCCACCAACUUAGCGGGCAGAGGCACGGAUAUCAAAAUAAGCGAGGAGUUGAGAGAAAACGGAGGUUUGCACAUUUGUCUAACUUUUCUGCCGAAAAAUGAGCGAAUUGAAGAGCAGGCGAUGGGACGUUCAGCUAGAAAUGGAGCACCUGGAAGUGGAACCUUCCUCCUAUACGAAGAAUCGCCAAUAGGAAAGAAGUGGGAUGCCGGAAAAUGGUUAAGCAUGAAGGAGGAGCGUCAAUGGAGAGAAAAACAACGGAUAUCCCGUUUGCAAGAAGAUUUCAGGACAAUGGAAGAAGAGCAAAAUUUUUUUGACGAAUUUUAUAUUUAUUACACUAGACUAAAGCAAGAAUUAAAAAACCAAAAACGUGAAGAUCAGGCAAUUAAGACAAUCUGCGAUAGUGUACUUGACAUAUGGGCUUUGUGGCUUGACCAAACAGAGGAUCAUUUGAAACUGACUUAUUCCUAUCAUCACGAUUUUCUCAAACAUUUUCGGACUGGACUUGGAUUGCUAGAUAACAACAUGACUGACAAUAGUUGGAUGACGCCAGUUCGAUCUGUCACCCUGGCAAAACAUCUGGCUCUGCAAAAGUCAUCGCUGUCCGAGGCAAGUGAAAUUCUGAAACGAGUCAUUGACUCAAGGGACAGUGAUCUGUAUCCGGCUGCUCAUUACUACUUUGCUUUCGUUUUGAUUCAAGAAGAUUUUAAAGAAAACAGACCUAAAUUUAUUCAAAUUUUGCAAAAUUGCGAAACUAUUUUGAGCAACGACAUAGACAUGCACUUGUCCUUUUACCGCAAAGUAUCUCUUGCAACGCCUAACCAAACCCCGUCAUUCUGCGUCGUCGACGCCUACAAACAACAAAAAGACAAUAUCGUGAAAAUUCUGGAAUAUUUUAUCGGCUCAGCCCGAGCUCUAAUAGGCAGCCAUUACUGUUCAGCCUCUAAUCUCAAGGAAGCUGGAAAGGAAGAAAAAAAAGAAAAAACUUUUCUUAAGAAGGCUGAAAUAUUCCUACAAAAUAUCAGAUUAGAAUUUGUACGUUUCCAGAAGGAAAGAAAAUCAAAGUGUAAAUCUGAACAAAAACGUAUAAUUUGCCCUGAGCAAGCGGACAAACUGUUUGAAUUAUUGGUAGAAAAAAAAUGCAUCACCUGUCGGCUCAACGACACCGAUACAAUUCCUAAUAGGGACGCUAUCAUUCAGCAAGUAGCCAACGAACACGGAAUCAAAAAGGAUCUGAAGGACAAUUUGGAGUCUGUAUUUGGGCAAAAUUUUACAGAAAAGCAGGUGGAGAAAAAUCUGAAAAAAGAAAAUCUGAUCCCGUGCACAAGAAAGGCGUUCUGGGAGGAGCUGAGGAAAGAAGGUGCAUUACAAGCGGUGAAAGGUGGCUUGUGUUCUCAAAUGAAUUGCGUCAUCGUGUUGGACUCCGAAUGUGAUGUCGAACCAAGUAGUAAACUGAACAGCAAAAAACUCAGUCGAGAAAAUCGGAUCAAAAUUGAAGACUUUCAGUUUGGAUUGGAUUCUUUUGAUCACAAAAACAACUGUCUGAACGUGUUGUAUAAUCCAAUUUACGACAACAUGAAAGACUUAUUGAAGCAAAACAAAAUCAUGUUCAGUAAACGUUACGUUAUCGAACGACUUGGCAAAGAAGAGUAUCGACGCCGCAAGGAGAAUUUUGAAUUGAAUCAAAUUGCACAGCUCAAUCUCAAUAAACUUGAAACUGUCACUUUGAAAGUUUGUGAUCCACUGGAGAAGGAUGAUUUUACGCAAGCUAAUAUUAUUUCUAAAAGCGAACGAGAUUGCGUUUGGAAGGCGUUGAUUGAUCAGCAAAUCAUUGAUUCGAAUGGCGAAUUAUCGUCCAACUACCAAAAAUUCAGCUAUCCCGAGUGUCCUGCUUAUGAGGAACCGGUCAUGCGUGUGAUUGCCAGAAUUUUCGUCGCUGAAAUAGUUAAACGUCAAUGGCUAAGGGCUGCAAAAGAUCCCAAAUGUUUGAAAGCCAUAAAUUUAUUGCCGUUAAAACCCUAUCGAGAUUUGCUUGGCGAUUUGAUGGCUGCUCACGUCAUCUCUGGUGCUCGAGUGACGGAAGAUGCAACACUCAUCGAGAAGGAAACUAAGGAAAUUGAAGACGAAGACGAGCGUGAAUGUGUCCGGAGGUUUUUGAAAAGCCGCCAAGCUAUUUAUGCCCCUAGGAUGAAAAAAUAUGAGAUUUUUCUUGAUCUUAUCGAAAUGGAUAUUCGAAAAAUUCCAAACACCGUGAACAUUUCUACGGAACUGCACACUUUUGACCUCGCAGCAUUCAAUCACGUUAUUGACAUCAAGGAUGGAGAAAGGUCCUGGAAGUCAUAUCUGGGAGCAACGUUCGCCGGUGUUGUUGGUGUAGCUUCGAUUGGUGUUGGAAUUUUCCUGCUUCAGGGGAAAAUGCUAUCCUUUGGAUUUAGCAAAAAUAUAUUGUUAAUGGGAGGAGCUUCAGACAUUUUGUACGCCAUAACGACUAUCCUGACACACAGCAAAUUCACUUGGGCCGAUUAUACUCGUCAAAGGCUAAGGAGUGUCAUGGGAAAAACGGAGCCAAUCGAAAUGAUCAAAACAAUUAACAAAUUAUAUGAUUUGUCUGAAAACGCUGAUUUUAGAAAAGCAAUCAAUUUAGCCAUUGGUCUGGAAAGAUGGACACGACAAAACACAGACCAAAUAAACAAAGGACGUGCAACACUACUGGGUAGGGGAGUAGAGAAGAUUGUAUUGGUCAACCACCAAACCGAAUUACACUUUCACAUCCAACUUCAUUAUCUUUUACAAGAUUUUGGCAGCUUUAUACUCGGAAAAACUAAGAAACUCGUCACCAAAAACUUGACUGAAAUUCGAAAGGCGCUGACCCAAUUCAACGAACUUCACGGAACGAAAACAUCUCAACAUUUCAUCAGGGGGAAGUUGAAUAAACUAAUUUCGCAAUGGGCUACAGAAGGGCAAAAAUGGGUCUGUGAAAUCAUCGACGAAACGACUUUGAAACUAAACGAGAUUGCAGGAACGGGAGGAAUCCCUUUGACACAAGAAAUGGCUAAUAAAGGAAUUCGCUUGAUGGAACCGAUUUUCAAUGACUACGAGGUGCGAAUGAAAUUGAUACGCAUCACUGUCACCUGCAUUCGCGAAUUUCUAUUAGGCCUGGAGAAUCAUGCUAAUCCUGAGGACCCCAUUGCCAAAAACAUCGAUGUUGAAGAAUUUAAGCGUUUUCCGAAAAAGAUGAUGGCUGACAUUGACUCUGAGCUGGGACGACAAGUGGAAAAGAUUCUUGACAUUUUGAGGCAACAAAUUCAUCAAGUGACUUCCGACCAAAUCUCAAGGCUAGCGAAUGUCAAUUCAGAAAUGUUCACCACUUUAUCGCAUUUAAUGUAACCGAAAAUGAAAACACCAUAAUUUUCUGAAUGUGUUGCUUUGUAUACUAUAAGUGGACGGAGAACAUUUUGAAUUGAUAAAAUAUAUUUUUUUUUGUUUUUCCUAGA